GCUGAGGGUGGAGGGAGGGAGUGCCACUAUUUCCAUCCAGGCCCUCUGCAACCGGCACUUCACGACUCUCCUCCACCGAGGACACAGCCCGCAGCUCCUGCCAUGGACAGGUGGUACCUGGGAGGCAGCCCCAAGGAAGAUGUGGACCCAUUCUACUACGACUACGAGACUGUCCGCAAUGGGGGCCUGAUCUUCGCUGCCCUGGCCUUCCUCGUGGGGCUUAUCAUCAUCCUCAGCAAAAGAUUCCGCUGCGGGGGCAAAAAGCAGCACCGGUGA